AUUUAUCAAAUGUUAACUUUACCUCAAGGUCGGCUUUAGAACCUGAUGAGAUACUCCUUACCAUCAAAAAGCAGUCGUUAAACUUCAGGACAGUCUUAGUAGUGCAGUAUAUCCUAUGCUUAUAAUAAUACUUGAAAACUGCAUAGCUUCCUUAAGUUUUGUACUAUUGUUAUCCAUUCAUUGACGUGUCCUUCCAAGAACCUCAAUGCCUGGUUUUUUCAGUCUCACAUUUUUGGUAUUGUUUGGUUUGGUGUAUUGUGAGAAUUUCGAUGAAGAACUUCUCAUCAAAGAUCUUGGCCGUGGAUUUACGGCUUUCCACUUUAAUUUUGCCUCAACAACCUCAGAGACGAUAUUUUUCUCAAAACACUACAAUAUUUUGCCAAAAUCAGUCAUUCAAAUCCUAAGGAAAUACAGUGUUAACGAAUUUCAUCUUUCUAUAUCAAGAGGUAUAUGGGAUGAACGUUGGGGCAGCAAUUUUGUGUCAGUUUCUCCUUCUGGAGCUGAAUUAUGGGCAUGGUUUGGAAAUCAAACUUCUAGUGUCGACCAAUCGUGGUUUGAAUUAACGCAUGCUCUCUCUGGACUAUUCUGUGCCUCUUUGAACCAACUGUCCACUAACGAGCAUUUUGCCUCUCCUCUCUACUCUUAUAAACCAUUGGGAGUAUCAGAAUCCGGUAAAGUUGACGGAGAAGUCAGAUAUUCUCAGCUUCCUGGUGAAACUUUGUGCAGUGAAAACUUGACUCCCUGGACCAAAUAUUUACCGUGCAAAUCAUUUUCUGGUUUAGGAAGCUUAUUGCGACCGACUUCCUUGUUUAAAUCAAAUUAUAACUCGAUGACAUUGGGAGUUAGAAGGAUUUGUCUGGAUCUCAAAUGUGAUACUGUGGGAUUAGAACUAGUGGCAACGCUAACUGCAGUUUUUGAUAGAAGUUUGAUAUUCGCAAAAAGAACAACGCCUUGGUCUAUUAAAAGCAUACUUGGCUCAGAGUUCAGAGGUUUCUGUAGUGCGUCCGACUCCAGCCGUGUAUUUGUUCUCAAUUCUUAUGAAGAUGUGGAUGUUAAUCUUGAUAGUGCAACGAAGCUUCAUUAUCCAAGCAAUUAUGUAUUAGCGGCAUACUCAACGAAAGAUUUGUUUCCAUCAUUUGUAUCAUCACCAUUCACUGUCAAUGAACAAAAAUCUACUUCAUACCCUUUACCUCUUAUCUCUGCUACUAAAUACGUUACUGGUUCCGGAAAUGUUAGAGGUGGUGUAAAAGCUGUGCUUACUAAUAGAGCUAAUUUUGAUACAAAAAUAAUUUACUUCGAUUUAAUACCAUGGUACAUGCAAGUUUUCUUCAGUUCAUUAAAAAUCUACAGCUUAAAUCCUAAAACACAAGAGAGGGAGCUGAUUAAACCUCAUAAUUUGGUGAUAAAACCAGGCUUGGCCAGAAAACGUAUGGCUAGUAUCGAAUUAAUCAUCACCUUACCUCGCCACAGUCAAGUAACCAUUUCUUAUGAGUUCCGUAAAAUUCUUCAACGCUGGAAUGAAUUCCCACCUGAUGCUAAUCAUGGAUUUUUCCUUCCUGCAGCAACUGUUUCCUACAUGUUAAAUAAUGAACAGUUACACCACUUAAACGAGACGAGGCAUGUUGCAUUCCAUAAUCUAAAACUUCCGAAUUGGGCCAGUACUUACAGUCAGUAUUUUAAUGUAGUAACAGUUGGCUCUAGGCCCGGUGAUGGUUUUGUUCGUCUACACACACCCGUAUCCUUGGUUACAAUGCCGACACCAGAUUUCAGUAUGCCAUUCAAUGUUUUGUGUUUAGUGUGUUCAAUUAUCGCUGUUGUAUUCGGGUCAGUGCACAAAGCCACAACAACUGUAUUGAACGUUACACUGAAGAAACCUGAAGAUGAAUCAUUAUGGGUCCGUAUUUUACAAAAAGCAAAUAUUCUGAGGAAAAAGGACGAUCGGAAAACACCAGUAGUUGAUUCAGGCAUUCAUGAUAAAGUUGAAUGACUUUUGUAAAUGAACCGUUCAUAUCACUGUUUUUUAUUCCCAUGUUUUAUAAUACAAAUAUGAAAAUAAUUAACUCUUCCCUUUUUUAUAACCCGAUUUUUUGGCAACUGUCAAUCAGCACCUCACUAGAUAAGUGAUGCGGAUUAUUGUUGUACGGUUGUAGAUCCGCAUACUUUUUGAUGUAUUUAAUAACCUGUGUGCCUCACAGUAUACUACUAUAACUAACACUAUUUGUUCAGGUUGAUACUGACAAGCAGAUUUUCCAGUUUGAAGAUAUUAGUGUUCACUUACAUACACAAGUGAGUCUUUCUUCGAAAUACGGUCACUAUACAUGGAAGUGUGCAGAAGCCUUAUCUAGUUACUUGGUGAAACAUCCAGAAGAAGUUCGUGGACUUCGUGUUCUUGAAUUAGGUGCUGGCACUGGUCUGUGUGGGAUUGUUGCCGCUCUUCUUGGAGCUCGCCAUGUUCACUUCACAGAUAAUGAUAUGACAUGCGUAAAUAAGUUACAUUUUAAUGCACAGCUCAAUGGAAUCAGCAAUUAUAAUUUCACCAUACUGGAUUGGAAUUAUCCACUUAGUUACACAGGGGACGAAUUUGAUGUCAUUCUUGCAUCUGAUUGUUUAUACGACAAGAAAGUGUAUGAACCUCUCAUAAGGACAGCGGCUUUACAGCUAAAGAUACGAAAUUGUAAAUCUUUACUUCUUUCUUUCGAAAAUCGCAGUUCUUUUACAGAUAUCGCCGUUUUGCUUAAAAAAUAUGGCCUCCAGCCCAAUGUGUUAGCUGUACCUGAUGAUGUCUUCAAGAACAUUCACAUUUUCCGUAUCCAACCUAAUUUCCUUUAGUAUAUGUUUUGCACUAAGAAUAUUCAUAAAUUCAUGGCUGCUGAUUGAAGAAACCAACUCUCAAAGAAACUGAGUAGGAUAUCGCAACGCAGAAUGCCUGUCAUAAAUUACAUUGUUGUUUGUUUAAUCUUAGUGAUACUCUUUACCUGAAAUGUUUCGAUGGCAAACCGAAUAACGAACCAUCCAAUAAAGCAUUGCACUUUGACUUUAGGAUACUCCCAAUACUCUGUUGACUACUCAAGAAAUGAUUUUUUUAAACUUUCUAACUUUUUAUUGAGUGUGUCUCUAAAAAAAUCUGAAAGCGCAUUUAUAAAAAGUUAGGUAAUUCGUCAAUAUAUUAGUUGCAUUGAGCUCCUUUUGUCGUCAUGAUUGAUAGCUGCUCUUUCAUUGUAAUGACCGAGUAGAUCAU